CUCCACUCUGACCUGGACAAGGGAGAGGGCACUGUUAAAUAUACCCUCUCAGGAGAUGGUGCUGGCACCGUUUUCACUAUUGAUGAAACCACGGGGGAUAUUCAUGCAAUAAGAAGCCUGGAUAGAGAAGAAAAACCUUUCUACACCCUUCGUGCUCAGGCUGUGGACAUAGAAACCAGGAAACCCUUGGAGCCUGAAUCAGAAUUCAUCAUCAAAGUGCAGGAUAUUAAUGAUAAUGAGCCAAAGUUUUUGGAUGGACCUUACGUUGCUAGUGUUCCAGAGAUGUCUCCUGUUGGUAUUAUCAGAACAGCUUUACCUAACAUGGACAGAGAAGUCAAGGAACAAUACCAGGUGCUCAUCCAAGCCAAGGAUAUGGGAGGGCAGCUGGGAGGAUUAGCUGGAACGACAAUAGUCAACAUCACCCUCACUGAUGUCAAUGACAACCCACCUCGGUUCCCCAAAAGCAUCUUCCAUCUGAAAGUUCCUGAGUCUUCUCCUAUUGGCUCGGCUAUUGGAAGAAUAAGAGCUGUGGAUCCUGAUUUUGGACAAAAUGCAGAAAUUGAGUACAAUAUUGUUCCAGGAGAUGGGGGAAAUUUGUUUGACAUCAUCACAGAUGAGGAUACACAAGAAGGAAUCAUCAAACUGAAAAAGCCUUUAGAUUUUGAAACAAAGAAGGCAUAUACAUUUAAAGUAGAGGCCUCCAACCUUCAUCUUGACCACCGGUUUCACUCCGUGGGCCCCUUUAAAGAUACAGCUACGGUGAAGAUCAGUGUGCUGGAUGUGGACGAGCCUCCGGUUUUCAGCAAGCCACUGUACACCAUGGAGGUUUAUGAGGACACUCCAGUCGGAACCAUCAUCGGUGCUGUCACUGCACAGGACAUGGACGUGGGCAGUAGUGCUGUUAGGUACUUCAUAGAUUGGAAGAGUGAUGGGAACAGCUACUUUACAAUAGAUGGAACAGAAGGAACCAUCGCCACUAAUGAAUUACUAGACAGAGAAAGCACUGCGCAGUAUAAUUUCUCUGUAAUUGCAAGUAAAGUUAGUAACCCAUUAUUAACCAGCAAAGUCAACAUACUCAUUAAUGUCUUAGAUGUCAAUGAAUUUCCACCAGAAAUAUCUGUGCCAUUUGAGACGGCUGUAUGUGAAAAUGCCAAACCAGGACAGAUAAUUCAGAUAGUCAGUGCUGUGGACCGUGACCUUCCACCUGCUGGCCAGCAGUUCUCCUUUAGGCUAUCUCCUGAGGCUUCUAUCAAACCAAAUUUUACAGUUUGUGACUUUAGAAACAACACAGCUGGAAUUGAAACCCGAAGAAAUGGAUACAGCCGCAGGCAGCAGGAGCUGUACUUCCUCCCUAUUGUAAUAGAAGACAGCAGUUACCCUGUCCAGAGUAGCACAAACACAAUGACUAUUCGAGUUUGUCGAUGUGACUCUGAUGGUACCAUCCUGUCUUGUAAUGUGGAAGCAAUUUUUCUACCUGUAGGACUUAGUACUGGAGCUUUGAUCGCAAUCCUACUAUGCAUUAUUAUACUCUUAGCCAUAGUUGUGCUCUAUGUAGCACUGCGAAGGCAGAAGAAGAAAGACACCCUAAUGACUUCUAAAGAAGACAUCAGAGACAAUGUCAUCCAUUAUGAUGAUGAAGGAGGUGGAGAGGAGGACACCCAGGCUUUUGACAUUGGCGCUCUAAGAAAUCCAAAAGUGAUUGAAGAGAACAAAAUUCGCAGGGAUAUUAAACCAGACUCUCUCUGUUUACCUCGUCAGAGACCUCCAGUGGAAGACAACACAGACAUAAGGGAUUUCAUUAAUCAAAGGCUACAGGAAAAUGAUGUGGACCCCACAGCCCCACCAUAUGAUUCCUUGGCCACAUAUGCCUAUGAAGGAAAUGGGUCCGUGGCUGAGUCCCUUAGCUCCAUAGACUCUGUCACCACAGAAGCUGACCAGGACUAUGACUAUCUGACAGAAUGACCCCGCUUCAAAGUCUUGGCAGACAUGUUUGGUGAAGAAGAAGAGAGUUAUAAUCCUGAUAAAGUCACUUAG